GAACGUACCCAUGACGUUAGUGACGCCGACGCCCAACAACCAAUCAAAUGGCAGGAACGAAGAUGGCGGAAUCAGAAAUGAGCGUCAGGAGCUGUCGAGAAUUAUGGACCAUAUUGCUGGGAAGAUCUGCACUGCGAGAGCCGGCUCAGAUAGAAGCAGAGCUUGACAGACACUGGAACCGAUUGCAUCAAGGUCUCAGUUACUACAAGCCACCCAGCUCAUCAUCUGCUGGGAAAGUGAAGGAGAACAAAGAUGUUGCGCAACCAUUGAAGGAUUUUGGUUUGAGGAUCAGUAAACUCCUCGGUCUUGAUGAGCAGCAGAGUGUGCAGCUCUUACAGUGCUACCUGCAGGAGGACUACAGAGGAACUCGAGAUUCAUUAAAGGUUGUUCUUAAAGAUGAGCGGCAAAGCCAGGCACUUCUGCUGAAGAUAGCUGACUAUUACUACGAUGAGCGCAUGUGUCUGCUCAGAUGUGUCCUGCUCCUGCUGACGUACUUUCAAGAUGAACGGCAUCCCUACAGAGCUGAGUACAGUAACUGUGUCAACAAACUGGAGAAGGAUUUGGUGAGCAACUAUCAGUCACAGUUCGAGAAGCUCUUCAAAGCAGAAGCACCAACAUGGGAAACUCAUGGGAACCUCAUGACGGAGAGGCAGGUGUCACUCUGGUUCCUGCAGUGUCUGAGGGAACAGUCCCUGCUGCUGGAGAUCAUAUUUCUGUAUUACGCCUACUUUGAGAUGAGCCCGACUGAUCUGCUGAGCUUCACAAAAUUGUUCAAAGAACAAGGCUUUGGUUUACGGCAAACUAACAGACACCUUGUUAACAAGAGCAUGGAUGCGCUGGUGGACCGCAUUGGAUAUUUGAGCUCUCUCAUCUUGGUUGAAGGAAUGGACAUCGAUUUCCUACAUAAGUGUGCUCUGGAGGACUGCACAGAGCAGCAUCAGUUCUCCAGCGCUCCUGAAGUGAUCAAGGAGAUGGAUCAGCUGCUGCUGACGUUUGGUGACAUCCCUCACCACGGGCCGGUCCUGCUGGCCUGGGUCCUGCUGAGACACACUCUGCGGCCAGACGAGUCCAGCCCCGUGGUCAGGAGGAUAGGCAACACGGCUCUGCAGCUCGGGGUGUUCAAGUACAUUUCAAGCAUGCUGAAAGGCCUCGGAGUCUCAGGGAAUAACUGCACAGCAAGCACAGCGAAGAUGUGCAUCUACGGUCUCCUCUCAUUUGUGAUCACAUCUUUUGAAGAGGAGAGCUUACAAUCUGACGGUGUUGCUACACAGGGUUCCCACCUGAUCGACGCCGCCUGUGAAGUUCUGUCUGCUCCCAGUCUGGCUGAGGUCUUCUGGGAAAUGAAACCAAACAUGGGACUGGGGAUGAUCCUUGACAGUGCCGUUGGGAUGUUCCCUCAUAAGAUCGGACCUCUCUUGCAGCUUCUUACAGCUCUUUUGUCAAACAAGUCGACUGUUAAAAAGGUUUACAACUUUUUGGAUAAGAUGUCUUUCUACACACAAGUUUACAAGCACAAGCCAAAUGAUGUCCUCUCAAAAGACGACGAGACGCUGUGGAGGAGACAAACGCCAAAACUCCUCUACCCUCUCGGCUCAGGGCAGACUAACCUGUGGAUGCCUCAGGGAGUGCUGGGCCAGGUCAUGAUCGGAGGCGAGCAGAGCUACGUGGUUCGCUGGGAUUACUCCUACAGCUCCUGGACGCUCUUCACCUGUGAGGUGGAGAUGCUGCUGCAUGUUGUUUCUACUGCAGAUGUUUUAGCUCACUGUGCUCGUGUGAAGCCCAUCUUGGAUCUGGUCCAUAAGAUCAUCAGUACAGACUGGACUGUGUCAGACUGUCUGCUACCCCUCACUUCACGCAUCUACAUGUUGCUGCAGAGGCUAACAUCAGUCAUCAACCCUCCUGUGGACGUGAUCGCCUCCUGUGUGAACUGUCUCUCUGUUCUGGCCGCAAGGAUGCCUGGGAAGGUGGGUAUGCAGUCUUGGUGCACCGAGGGAAUACAGCUAUAUGUGUGGUCCAGCCUCCACCACACAGGCUUCCUCCCCUUUGCCUCCAACCCUCUGACCAGCAUGGCUCAGUGUGUGAGUGCUGAAGGGAUGAAAGCAGGUAACUAUGGCAACCUGCUGGUCCAGAUUGAGCAGCCAAGAGGGGAGUACGCUGUGACCAUUGCCUUCCUUCGUCUCAUUACAACCCUGGUUAAGGGUCAGCUUGGCAGCACUCAGAACAAAGGCCUGAUCCCCUGUGUGCUGCUGGUGUUAAAGGAGAUGCUGCCCACGUACCAUAAGUGGCGCUACAACACUUAUGGAGUGAGGGAGAGGAUAGGCUGCCUCAUUUUGGAGCUGAUUCACGCCAUCCUGAAUCUGAGCCCAGAGGGAGAGGAUCAGGGCAGCACUCCCACCCUGCAGUCGCUGUGCAUUUACAGCCUGGCAAACACUGAGGCCGGACAGGCUGUCGUUAACAUCAUGGGAGUUGGAGUUGACACCAUUGAUGUUGUCCUGGCUGCACAGCCCAGCAGCUGUGGUUCUGAGAGUCCCGGGCAGAUCCUGAUCCAGACGGUCAAACUUGCCUUCUCCGUCACCAACAAUGUCAUCCGUCUGAAGCCGCCGUCUGAUGUGAUUUCCCCUCUGGAGCAGGCUCUGACGCAGCACGGCGGCCAUGGCAGUAACCUCAUAGUUGUCUUAGCUAAAUAUAUUUACCACAAACAUGACCCAGCGCUGCCUCGCCUGGCCAUUCAGCUGUUGAAACGUCUCGCCACUGUGGCUCCGAUGUCAGUGUACGCCUGCCUUGGCAGCGAUGCCGCCGCCAUCAGGGAUGCUUUCCUCACCCGCCUCCAGAGUAAAACAGAAGACAUGAGGAUCAAGGUGAUGAUCCUGGAGUUCCUCACUGUUGCUGUGGAGACGCAGCCCGGCCUUAUUGAGCUGUUCCUCAAUCUGGAAGUCAAAGAUGGAAAAGAAGGGUCAAAGGAGUUUCUGCUCGGUGAGUGGAGCUGUCUCCAUGUAGUUCUGGAUCUGAUCGACUCCAAACAGCAGGGGAAGUAUUGGUGUCCCCCCCUGCUGCACAGAGCAGCCUUGGCCUUCCUCCUCGCUCUCUGGCAGGACCGCAGAGACAGCGCCAUCUCUGUCCUACGCAAAAAGGAGAGAUUUUGGGAAAAUUUGACUACACCUCUCUUCGGAACCCUCACUCCACCAUCAGACACCACAGAGCCGUGUGUUUUGGAGACGUGUGCUUUUGUCAUGAAAAUCAUCGGCCUGGAGAUCUACUAUGUCGUCAGUGGGUCCUUGGAGCAGUCUCUGAAAGACGGCCUUCAGAAGUUCUCUAAUGCCCGACGAUAUGAGUACUGGUCCCAGUAUGUCAAGUCUCUGGUGUGCCACGUAGCCGAGAUGGAGGAGGAAGGAAUCUGUUACUUCACGGAGACUCAGAUGUUGAUUUCUGCCUGGAGGAUGCUGCUCAUUCUCUCCACAAGUCAUUCCGAUGUGAUGCAGCUGUCAGAUGACUCGACCAAACUGAAGCUUUUCAUGGAUGUUCUGGACGGGACCAAAGCUGCUCUCACUACACCCAUGUCUGUGCCUUGUCUUCGUCUCGGGUCCAUGAUGGCCACUUUACUGCUCAUCCUCCUCAAACAGUGGAAAAGUGUGGUAGCUACGGCCCCUGACAUCCUGUCUCCACUCUCCCUCAUCCUGGAGAGUGUCCAGCAGGCUGACCAGCAGAUGAUGGAGAGGACCAAAGCCAAAAUCUUCUCUGCUCUUAUUUCUGUGCUGCAGAUUCAGGGACUCAAUGGUGGAGAUAUUUCCCAGCUGCCCCAGCUUUUGCUGUCUGUAUGUGAGACGGUGAAAGAUGAAGCCUUGGUGCUCAUUGAUAAUACUCGUCACAUGAACCAGGCGGGAGAAACAGCAGAGGACGAGGACAGCAUGGAGACAGACUCCCCACGUGGUCAACAGAAGGACCAGAGAGACGGGGUGUGUGUGCUUGCUCUGCACUUAGCGAAGGAGUUGUGUCGUACCGAUGAAGAUGGCGAGCACUGGGUCUCUGUGAUGAGGAAGGUUCCGGUCCUCCCGUCAGUGCUCAGUGCUGUGGAGCUCAGCCUUCGAUCCAAACACAACCUCUACUUCACCGAGGCUGCUCUCCACCUCCUGCUCACUCUGGCCCGCACGCCGCAGGGGGCAGCAGCGGUUGCAGGAGCAGGAGUCAUCCAGACGAUUUGCCUCCCUCUCCUGAGCGUCUAUGAAGUUUCUUCAAACGGAUCGUCACAGAGUUUCUCCAGGAAGUCCCAGGACUCGGCCUGCUGGCCGGGAGUGUACAGACUCUGCUUGUCUUUAAUGGAGAGUCUGCUCAAAACUCUGAGAUACAACUUCAUCAAUGAAGCUCUGGACUUUGUGGGAGUCCAUCAGGAGCGGAUCCUGCAGUGUCUGAACGCCGUGCGAACUGUGCAGAGCCUGGCAUGUUUGGACGAGGCAGAUCACACCGUCGGCUUUCUGCUGCAGCUCUCCAGCUUCUGUAAAGAGUGGCAGUUUCACCUUCCCAAACUGCUGCGGGAUAUCCAGGUUAACUUGUGUUACCUGUGUCAGACCUGCACGUAUCUGCUCCACAGCAAGAAGAUGCUCCAUCACUACCUCCAGACUAAAAACGGGGAAGCAUUGCCCCCUAGUCACCUCCCCAGGACACAGCGCCCCCCACAGACUCCGUCUAAAGAAGCAGCAGCAGGUGUAGGAGAGAGAGAGGAAGCUGAGCAGAAGGCUCUGUUAGCGGUGCAGUGCAGCCUCCUGAAGAUCCUCAGCAAAACUCUGGCGACUCUGCAGCACUUCACUCCAGACUGCUGCCAGAUCCUGCUGGACCAGAGUAUGGACUUGGCAGAGUAUCGGACCCUGUUUGUCCUCAGCUUCACGACGCCGGCGUUUGACCCUGAUGUGGCUCCGUCGUUCGGAACCCUGCUGGCCACCAUCAACGUGGCUCUGAGCAUGCUGAGCGAGAUGGAGAAGAAGAAGGAGCCCGUGUCUUUGAGUAUCAUCUCACUGGCCUCAUCAGAGGAGAUCCAAGCUCUGAAGUCACUGCUCAUGUUCACCAUGGAGAACUGCUUCUACGUCCUGGUCUCUCAGGCUGUUCGGUGUCUCAAAGAUCCCGCCAUCCUCCCUCGAGACAAACAGAGACUCAAACAGGAGCUCAGCUCUGAACUGAGCACCCUUCUCUCAAGCUUGUCCAGACAUUUCCGCCGAGGCUCUCCAUCGUCUCCUGCCAGUGGCAUCCUCCCCUCCACGCAGUCCAAGCCCCCGACGCCAGGCUCUAAGGCGAGCCAUGAAGGUCAGGAGCCGUUCAUUCAGCUCGUUCAGGCGUUUGUCCGACUGGUGCAGCGAUAACAAAAAAACAAACUGAAAUCCAAACAUCAUUUCUGUACCUCCUGUUGUAAGAGCGAUAGAGGCGCUAGCGUUCUGCCUUGUUUUUAUGUAAAGUUAUUUCCGUAGUUAAAACAGCACAACCUUGUGAGGAAGAGUGUUUAUUCUAAUAUGUUUGGAGCCAUUUUUAACGUUUGAUUUUGCCAAAACAUCGCCACAACCAAAGUGUUUACUGUAAACGGCCAACGAAAGCUGCCUAACAAACAUGAAGAUCUGGUGCUAGAGCCAUCAGUCACUGACUGUGCUUCAUCUGAGGCCUAGUUUUAUAGGUCACUGAUGUUUAUGAAUGACCUGACACAAUUCAAGUGCUUCUUAUGAAAAAUUACCCCUUUUAAAUAUAAUCUCCUGUAUACUAACUGUAGUAUUAAACAUUAUUAUACUUUUCUAAUUCUCUUCAUUUCCUCCUAAUUCUUUCUGGACUAUUUUCUUAUCUCUGCUCAUCCUUGUACACGUUUUGAAGCAGCUAUCAAGGUUUGUACUUGAAAAAAAAUUUAUGUUUAUGUCAAUAAAGGGACUUUUGUACCACA